AUAAAAAUAAAAAAAACCUAAUAAUUUGUUUUGUUUCGUCGUUGUUGUUAUGAUCGGAUGGCGAUGAGAUAACGAAUCUUUCUCUUCUUACUCUUAUGAGUAGAUCCCAUCCAACCUCAUCGUUGACACAAAAUAAUUACAUUCCAAAGUUUUUCCUUUUUCUUUCUGAAUGUUCGGCACCGUGAAAGUUUCUGUUUCGAGCUUGGCUUGAUACUUUACGGCGUCGGGAUCAUUCAAAAUCCAACCUUGACGUUGUUUAAAUUAGGGUUUCAUCGAAGCGAAUGGAGCUUUAGUUUUCCCUUUUGCUUCUGAGAAAUUUGAAGUGAAUCAGGACGUGGAUUAGCCAGCAGUAUCAGAUGUGAAGCUCCUGUAUCGCGGGAAAUUUUGAAGCUCAGUUCUUUUGGAAUAAAUUAGACUCAAUAAGAAAAUUUACCAAAAACAGGCAGGAAAAUGGCAACUCCAGUUGAGCCUCCUAACGGUAUUCAUUACCAAGGAAAACAUUACUAUUCGAUGUGGCAAACGACGUUCGAAAUCGACACCAAAUAUGUGCCGAUCAAGCCUAUUGGAAGAGGGGCGUAUGGGAUCGUUUGCUCUUCUGUGAAUCGCGAAACCAAUGAAAAAGUUGCCAUUAAAAAGAUAAACAACGCCUUUGAGAACCGUGUUGAUGCUCUCAGAACUUUGCGUGAAUUGAAGCUUCUCAGGCAUCUUAGACAUGGGAAUGUGAUUGCUUUGAAAGAUGUCAUGAUGCCGACUCAUAGGAGAAGCUUCAAGGAUGUUUAUCUGGUUUACGAACUUAUGGAUACCGAUUUGCAUCAAAUCAUUAAGUCUUCUCAAGUGCUUACCAAUGAUCACUGUCAGUAUUUCCUCUUCCAGUUGCUCCGAGGCCUGAAAUAUCUUCACUCGGCAAAUAUUCUUCACAGAGAUCUGAAGCCUGGAAACCUUCUUAUCAAUGCAAAUUGUGACCUUAAAAUUUGUGACUUUGGACUGGCUCGCACUAGCAAUGCCAAGGGUCAAUUCAUGACAGAGUAUGUUGUCACUCGCUGGUACAGGGCCCCUGAGCUUCUCCUCUGCUGUGACAACUAUGGAACGUCUAUUGAUGUUUGGUCUGUUGGAUGCAUCUUUGCGGAGCUUCUUGGCCGGAAACCCAUCUUCCCUGGUACAGAAUGUCUCAAUCAACUUAAGCUGAUCAUCAACAUCCUUGGCAGCCAGAAGGAGGAGGAUCUUGAAUUUAUAGAUAACCCUAAGGCUAGGAAAUACAUCAAAUCACUUCCAUAUUCCCUUGGAAGCCCCUUUUCCCAUCUUUAUCCGAAUGCCCAUCCUUUGGCAAUUGAUUUGUUGCAAAAGAUGCUUGUUUUUGACCCUUCAAAAAGGAUUAGUGUAACUGAAGCACUCCAACACCCUUACAUGGCACCAUUGUAUGAUCCGAACAGCAACCCUUCAGCCCAGGUGCCACUCGAUCUUGACAUAGAUGAGGAUUUAGGGGAAGAGAUGAUCAGAGAGAAGAUGUGGAAGGAAAUGCUUCAUUACCAUCCCGAAGCUGCUACAGCCAAUGGCGGGGUGUGCCUCUAAUCAUUUUCCACUUCAUGGCUCAGGAAUCAAGCCAAACGAUGUUGUCUUACCACUGAAGAGCCUGGUGUUGUGUUUUUUUCUUGGUGAUAUUAGAUGCUAUAUUUAUGUCUUCGCAACUCCUGUUAUGUUUCUAAUAAUGUUGGAGAGACAUACGAGAUAUGUUGUUGUAUCUAGAGCUUAAGCUUUGUUUAGUGCUGGAGCUCUGUACUGUAGAAGCUCUGUUUCCUUUACAAACUUGUAUAUAAGGCUACUGUUGUAUGUGUCUUAAGUCUUUUAACUCUGAGAGCUUGUGUUUGUACAUGUAAAUUACUAAGCUUAGACAUCGAGAACUACUAUUAUGAGCAGUGUAAUAUUUAUGGAAGGAAAACCUGUUUGCUUGUUGGCAGUUGAAUUUUCA